ACUGAGCAUGAGAGCUGAUGAUGAUUACGAAGAGCUGAUGCCAUGGCAGGACUAUAAAACAGCCACCCCUAUCUGCGUCUUAGCGGUGCUAUUAUUCCUGAGUGGAAUAACGAUAGGACUCACUACUCUCUGUGCAUUUGAUCUCUACAAAGACUUCGCCCUAAAACUACCCACCUACAACCACAGUGACAUCUUCCUCAACAACUUCGGGGUUGCUCUGCCAAUCAUAGGGGCUCUAGGGAGACUAGCAUGGGGGAUAGCAGGGGAUCUUCUCCCAGUUUGGAUGCUCCUGGUUAUAGGAGAUGGAAUGGCGGCAUUCCUCCAGGUAAUGAUGUACGUGACUCGGCCCACUCGGGAGGUGUACGUAGUGGUAUGUGGUUUACUGGCCAUCAGUACAGGCAUGACUAACAUGAUGCCUCCUGUCAUAAAGCGGGUUAUGGGACCUGAAAACAUGGCCCUUAACUUUGGGUUUGUGUUCGGUGGAGAGGCUAUCGGUUGUGUGUGGUAUGUUAUCUUUAUUUCUCUGGUGGGAGGGAUUCCUGAUGCGGUGGUUGUUUGGAUAGUGUCCAUACCUGCUCUUGUUGCUUUGACAGCUGCUGUACUUUUGGUAGGUAGAUACUAGACAUUUCUAUAACAGUUUUAAUAGAGCUGCUGCUGCAGAGGAGCUAAUCUUAAUUUACAGUAAUCGCUUAUUUCAUGAGGUUGUAACGUUUGA